GGAAACUGAACGCUGAAAGAAAGUUAAAAUAACUGAGGCACCACUAAGCCAAGGGGGGCUGAUUGCAGAAGAGGGUAAACAAUUACUGAGACGCUAGAAGACCACUGCUGGAUGUAAGGGGAGGAAAUGGCUUUGAUCUCCGCCUGGCCCCUCGUUUCUCCUAUAUUAUUCCUUUUGAGAUGCUUCUCCUCCAGCACAGCCUCGAGUGAGGGAGGCGUUUUUCAGUUUGACAUUGAAGGUAGCUCAGCGGUCAGCGCGCAAGAAGCCACUGUUAUCAGAGGGCAGCAGCAGGCAGUAGCUACUGGAAGUUGGGUGCCUUUUGCUGAGGAAUGCCAAGAAGGAUUUUACCGUACCAGCUCGGGAAAAUGCUCUCCUUGCAACUGUAAUGGUAAUGCAAACAGAUGCCUUGAUGGAUCUGGAAUCUGUGUGGACUGCCAGAGAAACACAACAGGACAGCACUGCGAGCAAUGUCCAGAUGGCUUCAUUGGUGACGUUGUCAGAGGAGUGCCCACGUUCUGCCAGCCCUGUCCCUGCCCCCUGCCAGCACUUGCCAACUUUGCAGUCUCCUGUUACAGAAAAAGUGGAAGCGUGCGUUGUGUCUGUAAGGAAAACUAUGCAGGACCCAACUGUGAAAGGUGUGCCCCCGGUUACUACGGGAACCCUUUGCUAAUUGGAAGCACUUGUAAAAAAUGCGACUGCAGCGGCAACUCAGACCCAAACCUGAUUUUUGAAGACUGCGAUGAAGUGACUGGCCAGUGCCGCAACUGCCUGCGCAACACCACCGGGUUCAAGUGCGAACGAUGCGCUCCGGGUUACUAUGGGGAUGCCAGAUUCGCUAAAAACUGUACAGAAUGUAACUGUGGAGGGAGAAUGUGUGACAGCCAGACUGGAGAAUGCCUCGCAGACAGUCCUGAAGUUUCUACUGGCACAGACUGCCCAACCAUCAGCUGCGAUAAAUGUAUUUGGGAUUUGACAGAUGACAUCCGAUUAGCAGUUCUGGCUAUCGAUGAAAGCAAAUCGACUUUACUGAGCAUUUCUACAGGUGUUGCAGCUCAAAAGCGCUUGAAUGACCUGAACCUCACUACCACCCAUCUCCAGGCAGCAAUGUCCAAGAAAAAGAACCAUGCUGUGCUUUGGACCAUCGAGGUUGAUGAUACUGCAGAUGAAAUGAAUGACCUCCUAAGAGAGGCGGCAACACUUGAUGAACAG